AACCUGCAUAUCAUGAUAAGGCAGUGCCCGAGGAAACCCGAGGAGUGUUGUGCAUCCCUGCCCAGCGCGGAUCUCGCCCCACUACGUUGGAAGAGAGGAGUGAGAAAGGAAGUCCGCUCGCUCUAAUCCUCGACAGGGAGGCCAUUCGUUAACCAAAAAAAGCCGUUAUAAUGGCAUAAAUUUGAGACAGUCCCCCUUCGUCCCUCCCUCCAACAAUCGUGGUUUCCCAAGCCAUUUUCAAAUCUAACUCUCCAGGCUUCCUUAUUGGAUUUUCUUUUUUUUAUUCCUUUUUUCGUCUUCGCACCAGAAUCGUUUCUUAUUAUCUUGCUUCCACCACCUCAGGAUCAUGACUACCCCUGCAAUUGUGUUUGUUGCCGGAGCGUGGCACACCCCAGCCGCCUACAGCAAGUUUGCCUCGGGUCUCAAAGCCCUCGGCCAUGAAGUCCAUAUCCCGUCUUUGCCUUCCAUGAACGGCGCCCGCCCCCCCAAUGCCGACCUCAACACCGAUAUCACCCUGAUCCGGGGCUAUGUCGAAAGCCUGACGGAGGCGGGACGCAACGUGGUGGUGAUCAUGCACUCGUACGGCGGGCAGGUCGGCACCGACGCGUUGGUCGGACUCGGUGCAGAGACCCGACAGAAAGAUGGUCUCCCAGGUGGCGUGAUCCGAUUGGUCUAUGUGUGCGCGUAUGCCCUCACCGAGGGGAGGUCCAUGUUCGAUAUGGUCAAGGACAUGGGCCACGAGGCGCUAAUGCCCAUCGCCUUCGACUUUGCCGAGGAUGAGACGGUGCUCGAUCGCGAUCCGAAGAAUCUGUUGGUUGGUCCGGGGCUUUCCGAGGAGGAGCUGGAGGCGUAUGUGGCGGGAUUGAAGCGGUGGAAUGGGAAGCCGAUCUAUCAGCCAAUCGGGCAGUGUGCGUGGAGGGAAAUCCCCGUUUCGUAUGUCUACACCCUGAACGACAUGACGGUUCCCUGGGAUUACCAGAAGGUCAUGGUGGAGAACAUGCGGGCGGAGGGCAGGCAGGUGAAGACUUUGGAGGUGGAUACGGGUCAUUGUCCGACCAUUACUCGGACCCAGGAGCUGGUGGAUAUGGUGCAUGGAAUUGUGACUGCAGCGUAGAGGGUCCUUGUGGUGUUUUAGCUGGGUGGGUGUUGAGGAAGAUGUUCGAAGUAUAUUGAGGGAAUUGAAAUUGAUUGGCUACACUGGAACCUUGGAUCUUGGUCUUCAAUCAGCGGUUCUUGAUUCAUUCCCCUCCUACUCGCCGGGGCCCACAACCCAGAGUAUCCGGAAGUCUAGACCUGCCGCCCCACUUGUAAGAUUGGCCUGCCUUAGCCUUUAGGAGAGG